AUGUCUCGUCGUCGAACAUCCCACAGUGAGCCCAUGAACGAGGCUCUGGCCUACCCGUUCUCCUCCCAGAAGGUGCAAAUGCCUCCGGCCGCGGCCGCGGCAGCACCAGCAGCAGCCCCGGCGCUAGGAGGAGGAGCACCUCCUCGGCGCGGACCCAUCGAGGGUCCCAAUGGCCGUCGUCUGAUCCGACGCGUCACUUGGCGUUCGUCGACGUACAAGCUCAUGGCCUCGCUGUGGGUGCUCGGCGUGCUCUACAUCCUCUGGUUGAUUCGUGACCUGUUCUAUCUUCCCUUCACCCCGUCCGAGUCCAGUCCGCCCGGCCGCGGGGAUGAAUGA